ACAAUGUACUUUGACCCUCGUCGCUUCCACUACAAUGUCAAAACACGGAAGAGUCGGAAGUGGCAUCUGCUUCGACCAAAAGGAAACUUUAAAAGAAUCUUCAGUUUUAGGGGAGACACAGGCAAGCCAGAAAGACAUGACACAACCAGAGAAAUAUGUGUUUUCCCUUGCUGCCCUGGCUUUGGUUGUAGCCGUUUGCGUGGUACCACUGAAAGCUGACAUAUCUAACGUCACCUCUAUUCACCACAUGGUCCUGAGGAUGGAUGAGGCGGUGCUGACCGUCAACAAUGAGCUGGACACUGAGGUGGUGGUGUCCUGGAUGUCAAAGCGAUGCUAUCAGUGUUUGUACCAGCAGUUAGGAGUGGUACCUGCAGGGUCCAAUCCUGGCCAGCCCAGUUCAGCAAACUUUGUUGUGAGCACACAGCAUGAAAUUACACUACAGCUCAACAGCAUCCUUGUCAACCGGGAGCUCUGCACUGUUCCAUUCCACUUCGGGGAGCACGGGAACUACUCUCUGUGGGUGAAAAAUCUGAACAACUCCUCAGUGGUCAACUGCUCCGUGGUGACUGACGCAGACCCGGUCAACAGCUACAUACCGAUCUUGGUAGCUUUUCUUAUCUUUGCUGGACUGGCCUUGGCGUCUGCCAUUGGUAACAACAUUAUUAGGGUAAUAUAAAUGCUUGAUGUGGUGAAGAAUAUCCUCUUCCGAAUAAGCGGCACCAUGGAGACAGAGAGGCUCAUCAACUCUGAACUGGGCUCCCCUGACAGGACCGUGUCACUAGUCGCUGACAACAUCCUCCCUCCACCACCCAGCCCCAGCCAGAGGCUGCGAUCUCUGGACACAUUUCGAGGCAUCUCCUUAGUCCUCAUGGUGUUUGUGAACUACGGAGGAGGCCGAUACUGGUUCUUUCGACAUGAAAGCUGGAAUGGCCUCACUGUUGCAGAUCUUGUCUUCCCCUGGUUUGUGUUUAUAAUGGGGACCUCCAUCGCCCUGUCAAUCAACUCCAUGCUCCGCGCGGGCUUGACCCGCUGCUCACUUUUGAGGAAAGUUCUGUGGAGGAGCCUGCAGCUAUUCCUCAUCGGUGUCUUCAUUAUCAACCCAAACUACUGCCAGGGACCAUUAUCUUGGAACAACGUGCGGAUUCCUGGUGUGUUGCAGCGCCUGGCCUGGUCAUACUUGGCUGUAUCCUGCCUGGAUCUGUUGGUGGCAAGAGGUCGUGUGGACAUCCUUACAACGGAUGCUUGGUGGUCCCCUGGCCUUGACAUCGUGCUGUACUGGCCAGCCUGGCUGUGUGUGCUUCUCUUAGAAAUCAUCUGGCUGUGCCUCACUUUCCUACUUCCUGUACCAGAUUGCCCAACAGGCUAUCUGGGUCCUGGUGGGAUUGGGGACAUGGGCCUUUAUGCUAACUGCACCGGUGGCGCGGCUGGUUUCAUUGACCGAUGGCUUCUUGGUGAAAGCCACAUCUACCAGACUCCCUCGUCCCGGGUGAUUUAUGCAUCUCGUAUGCCAUAUGAUCCAGAAGGGGUUCUCGGCAGCAUCAACUCUAUCCUCAUGGCUUUUCUUGGAUUACAGGCAGGAAAAAUAAUCUUGCACUACAGAGAUCUCCACACAAGUAUAAUGUCAAGGUUUCUCAUAUGGGGCUUCUUAUUGGGAGUCGUAUCAGCAGUUCUGACCAAGUGUUCCACAGACCAUGGCUUCAUUCCUGUUAACAAGAACCUGUGGUCUCUGUCCUAUGUGACAACACUGGCCUGUUUUGCAUAUGUGCUGCUAGUGCUGGUGUACUACACGGUGGAUGUGAAGAAGUGGUGGUCUGGAGCACCUUUCUACUACCCUGGUAUGAACUCCAUCCUCGUGUACGUGGGCCAUGAAGUGUUUGAGGGGUACUUCCCCUUCCGUUGGCACAUGGCUAACAGCCAAGCCCACAGCGAGCACCUCAUCCAGAACCUCGUGGCUACUUCCUGUUGGGUCUUCAUUUCCUACCUGCUCUACAGAAAGAAGAUCUUCUGGAAAAUUUAAACGGGGAGCCUCCAAAUGAUGGGACAUGUGGACAGCAAUACCAGAGGACAUUGUUUACAUCAGAAUUUGCUGGAGUCAAAAUCUGAAAACGUUUGGAAAGUGGGAAACAGGAAACUAAUUUUUUUUCUUUUCUUUUUUGUCAAAACUAUGGUGGUUCUGUCUCGGAACAUAUGUGGGUGUCUACUUUUGAUCAGCACACUUAUUUCUUUUUAAUUUUGAGUCAAUACUUUAUAGGACCAUAUGUGUUUAAAGACUUUUCCAAAGAUAUUCAGAUAUAAGGCAGCUGACCUCUGCACAUAAUAUCUUAACUGACUCAGGAAGAACUUGUCAAAGAAUAGUCUGAGAAUUUCAGAACUAUGUUCGUCUGCAAUUUGACUGUGUUAUAGACACUGGUUUUCAUUCCUCAUCUUGUACCACAGACUACAGCAGCGGGGUGUUGAAGUAGUGGUUUAACAAUCCCUUGUUGACUUUCCCUUGGGAGAGCCCCUGCUGCCAUAUAAGCUGUUGCAUUACUCUGAAAAGUGAAGCGGGUUUUUGUGGGACUGACCCUUCAAGAGCAGAAGGAGACAUUGAGACAAUGGCUACCAAGAAUGCAUUGUGAUCGUUCAUCACUCCACUGCAUAGUGGAUGAUCGAAGUGAUAUUUAAACAAGGGGAAAGCAUUAUUUAAAGAUUUUAAAACAUGAAAGUUAAACAUCUGCAAUAUAUCAUUCCUUAGUUGUCUGUUUUCCAUUUCCUCUGCUCCUUCCCUCAGCAAGUGUCCAGUGGUGUUGACAUAUGAUGCUGCGUGUUACUAAGUGCGGAGGGGAAGUGAAGCAGGGCAUGUCAGAUGACUAUUGAAACCCACUGGAGGUUGCUUGCUUUGCAUUUUGGUCAAUACAGAAGCAUGCAUGUGUAUGAGUUCAUGUUUUUGAUUAGAUUUUCAAAAACAGAUUUCGCAGAACUGACCUUUUUUAUUUUGUUACACAAUCAACUUUUUAUGAUAGCAUUGGCAUAAGUUAUUUGCCUUUCUCUUGCCAAACGUUUGCAUUUCUUGAGUUGGGCUUCGAGCAAUUAUACUUUAUGGUGCCCAUGUAUAUUAGUAUAAGUGUAUGAUUUAGAAAUAUAUAUUUGAUGUCUUGUCUCACCUCAAAAAUGUGUUGUCAUUUCUCCUUUUUGGAUGGGAAAGAUUACUGUCAUUAACACAUUUUACAAAAUCAUAUGUUCAAUCUGUAGAUUAUCUGAAUGCUGUUAGGAAUAAUUGUCCAUCUAGUACU